AUGGCCCAAGCCAAACCUCUCGCCGCUUACUCUUCCUACAAAUACUUCAACGUUACCUCGCCGUCGCCCUAUGUCGCGCACGUCGAGAUCAACCGCCCGGAGAAGCUCAACGCCUUCCACGAGGCCAUGUGGCUGGAGAUGAAGCGUGUCUUCGACCAGCUGUCGGUUGACCCUGAGGUGCGUGCCAUCGUGCUGUCGGGCGCCGGCGAGCGCGCCUUCAGCGCUGGUCUGGACGUCGUCGCUGCCAGCGAGGGCAGCAUACUCAACAACAAGGACGGCCUGGACGGCGCCCGCACGGCGACCAAGCUGCGCCGGCAUAUCGCCGAGUUCCAGGACUCGAUCUCGGCUAUUGAGAAGUGCGAGAAGCCUGUCAUUUGCGUGUUGCACGGCAUCUCUAUCGGCCUGUCGAUCGACAUCUCAUGCUGCGCGGACGUGCGCAUCUGCGCCAAGGACACCCGCUUCGCUGUCAAGGAGGUCGACAUCGGCCUGGCCGCAGACAUCGGCACGCUGGCGCGCCUGCCCAAGGUCGUCGGCAGCUUCUCGUGGGUGAAGGACGUCGCGCUGUCGGCCCGCGACUUUGGCGCUGCCGAGGCCCUGCAGGUUGGCUUCGUCAGCCAGGUCUGCGACAAUAAAGCCGCCGCGCUGGCCGCGGCGUUUGAAAAGGCCGCUUUUAUUGCGAGCAAGAGCCCCGUCGCUGUGCAGGGUACCAAGGAGCUGUUGAACCAUAGCCGGGAUCACUCCGUUGCGGAGAACUUGCGGUACACUGGUGUCUGGAACUCGGCCAUGCUCCAGACCCAAGAUGUUGCGGCAGCUCUUCUAUCUGGCAUGCAGAAGCGCAAGCCAACGUUCGAGAAGCUCUAA